CCCCUGCUUCUGUGGCUCACACAGCACUUCCCCUGCGCACUGCUCCCUUCUCCACUCACACACAGGGGCCCGGGAUCCUCAGCACUGAGAUGCUGCUGCCCCUGCUGCUGCUGCUGCUGCUGCUGUGGACAGGGGAGUGGGCACAGGGACAGAGGAGUGGCCACAGGCACCGGAGGCUGCCAGAUGCUGAGCCUUCUUUACCCUCGAGGUGCGCACCUGUUAGUCGGACCCACAGGGUGGAAGUGCCAAGGUCGGUGACUGUGCAGGAGGGUCAGUGUGUCCUCGUGCCCUGCGGACUCCCCCAGAAGGCAGUGUCCUCUAGGAAUGGCUCUGUCUAUGGCUACUGGUUUCAAAAAGGGGCUGAUACAAAUAACGACUCCCCAGUGGCCACAAACGACCCACAGCGACAAGUGCAGGAGAGGACUCAGGACCGGUUCUACCUCCUGCUGGACCCAAAGACCAGGAACUGCUCCCUGAAGAUCACAGAUGCACAGAGGGGUGACCAUGGCUCAUACUUCUUUCGGGUGGUCUCAAGAAGUCUAAAGUGGAAUUUCUGUGCCAACCAGGUCUCUGUGGAAGUAACAGCCCUGACCCACAUCCCUGACAUCCUCAUCCCGGAGAUCCUGGCAUCUGGACGCCCCAGCAACCUUACCUGCUCUGUGCCCUGGGCCUGUAAACAGGGGACACCCCCCAUCUUCUCCUGGGUGGGGGCUUCUGUAUCCCACCUGGACCCCACUGUCACCAACUCCUGGAUGCUCACCCUGAGCCCCUGGCCCCAGGACCAUGGCACCAACCUCACCUGUCAGGUGAGGUUCCCUAGAGCUAAUGUGACUGUGCAGAGGACCGUCCAGCUCAACGUCACUGGGGACCCCAAGACAGCAGCAGGAGUGGUCCAGGCGGUCAUUGGCAUUGCUGUCAUAGCCCUGCUCGCUGUCUGUCUCUGCGUCAUCUUCUUCAUAGUGAAGACAUUCAAGAAGAAAGCACUCAAGACUGCAGAAGACACGAAGGACAUUGAACCUGCUGCGGGGCCAUCUUCGCUGGGUAACCCAGCAGAGUCCAAGCCACAAGACUCCACUGAGCCCUCUGGUUCCAUGGAGGCCACCACCGCCACCGCCACCGCCACCUCAGAGGAGGAGCAGGAGAUCCACUACGCCUCCAUCACCUUCGGUCCCCGGAAGUAAUCCUGCGGGGAGCCCUCCGACCUCAGGAUCCACUGAAGGACCGAGGGGAGCGUGGGGCUCAGCCAGGACCCUGAGCCUCUGCUGGACUCCCAGGCUGAUUCCUGAGACAUAGCAUCCCCAUCUGCACUGAGUUUAUAAACUACUGUUGCAAGUUUCCUGCGACACUGAACUUAUCUCAGACUUUGCAGUCAGAGAGAGUUGGGAUGGACCUAUGUUCUCUGGUUUUCUAAGAAGAGUGCAACAUCAGGAGGGCCACUACACCCACCAUGACCCAUCUCCUGCUCCGCUCUGUACGUGGGCGUGAGCAGCUCUGCUUCACAGGUUGCUGUGGGGAUUAAAUAAAGCAUGCGUGGAAGACGCCCAG